AUGGAGAUCCCCGGCAAAGAUAGUGAGGCCAAGGCGGACAGGCUCUUUGCCGCGAUGUCCGCACUGGCCGAGAAUUUCCGGGUAAGAGUCACCAGACCAAUCAAGACUGGCAAACUGCGGGUCAGGAGUCUGGAUAACUCAGAUACGCCGGAAGAAGUGAGAGACGCCGUUGGGGAUUGUCGGCCGACAGAUGUCAAAGUCGACCGAGCUCGCGCUUCUCCCAAUCGGCUAUUCACGGCAUGGAUCCAGUGCCCGGUUGCAGAAGCGCGGAAGGUGAUGGACGCUGGAUCUCUAAUGGUGGGGUGGGUGAGGCCGCCGGUCGAGGUGUUGGAGCGGCGGCCCCUUUAG